UACAUGUCACAUAAUAUGUUUUUACAUCAGCAAAACGUUAUUAUCCCAACAAGGAGUGUAUGCAGAAAACAGGUUCCUUUAUUCAAUAUAAUCAGUUGCUUCCAUUUCCCUAUAAUAAUUACUCAACAGCACCGUUUCAUGAGAAAGUAGCAGCAAAGUUUCUUGUGGUUCCUUUUCCAUCUUUUUGCUCUGUUUCUGACACAAGAUGGUGAAGAGAGUGAGGUCUGAUUCGGGUCCAUUGUCUCUGCAAAAGCACAACCAUUGGUGUGUGAAGUUAGGAGUUUCAAUCUUCUUGGUGGGUCUCGCUUUUCGUCUUCUCUUGUGGGAUUCAUUCAGUUUCUCAUCGGUGGUGGUGGAGACACCUCCUCCUCUGGAAGAUGCAAAAGCAGUGUCCCCUGUUUUCUCUUCCUCUGUUCUUCAGGAUUCUGAUGAGUUUCCAGAAAAUGAUCAGAAGAUUCAGACACAAAUCUCUAAGAAUGAAAAAUGUGAUCUUUUUGUGGGAGAUUGGGUGCAAGACCUAUCUGGGCCAGUGUACACCAAUGAGAGCUGCCGUGUGAUUGAGCCUCAUCAAAAUUGUAUGAAGAAUGGACGUCCUGAUUCAGAGUACCUCUACUGGAGGUGGACCCCACGAGACUGUAAAUUGCCCAAAUUCAAUCCCAGAAAGUUUCUCAAACUCAUGAGAAACAAAUCAUUGUCAUUCAUUGGUGAUUCCAUCUCCCGCAACCAAGUUCAGUCCCUACUUUGCGUUCUCUCAAAGGUGGAACCAGCUGUUGAGAUCUACCAUGACAAGGAAUAUAGAUCAAAGAUAUGGAAAUUUCGUUCUCACAACUUCACACUCUCAGUAAUCUGGACCCCUUUCCUUGUCAAAGCAGCUAUAUUUGAGGACUUCAAUGGAGUUACCUCUUCAGAGAUACAGCUUUAUCUCGACACACUCGACGAGUGGACCAAACAGUAUAAGAAUUUUGAUUAUGUUGUCAUUGGUGGUGGAAAAUGGUUUCUCAAGACUGCAAUCUACCAUGAAAACAAAACAGUCAUAGGCUGCCACUACUGCCCUGGAAAGAACUUAACAGAGCUGGGAUUCGACUACGCGUACCGCAAAGUACUACAAGAAGUUUUCAAGUUCUUCACAAAGUCUAACCACAAAGCCACUGUUCUCUUCAGAACCACCACACCAGACCACUUUGAGAAUGGGGAGUGGUUUAGUGGAGGGUAUUGCAAUAGAACUGUGCCCUUCAAAGAGGGUCAGAUACAUAUGAUAGACGUAGAUUCCAUCAUGAGAAGUAUUGAACUUGAAGAGUUUGAGAAGGCUGCUUCUCUAGGAUCCAAAAGGGUGAACUUGAAACUUUUGGACACAACUCUUCUUUCACUGCUGAGACCAGAUGGACAUCCUGGACCUUACAGGAAGUUCCAGCCAUUUGCAAAAGAUAAGAAUGCUAAAGUUCAGAAUGAUUGUCUACAUUGGUGUUUGCCAGGACCAAUCGACUCAUGGAAUGACAUAAUCAUGCAAAUGCUACUCAAUGCUUAAUAAACAAUAAUCUGUCACUGGAUCAUCAGGGUUUGAAGAUGCUUACAAAUAUGAUCAUUUGAAAUUCAGGAUUCUUUGAUGCAUGGUAGUUUCUUCCAAUACCUUUAUUAGUUUGCAAAGGACAGAUUUAUACAACAAAGCCAUUAGGUUGAGCUCCGAUCUGUACAUGGAACUGUAUAGCUUAAUAAAAGCUUGCCAGACACAAAUGUAAACGUAGCACUCAAGUAUAAACUCAUCUUAUGUCCUUUUCACCAUAAUUUUUGUGAGGCAUGUAUACCUAUUUAUUUUUAUACUUAGAUGAAGAGAUAAAGUCACAGGAUUGAAUAAUGCUGAAGCUGGUGUGCUUGGUAAGCUGCAAAGACCAAUGCAAAUUUCUCUUUUCAUGUAUUACGGCAAAGUUUCUUGCAACCAUUGAUUCGUUUCAUAUGUGUAAAUAAAACAUGUAUGAAAUGACAUUUUUGUUGCCAUAUAGCAAACUGAAAUUUCAUCCUGUAAUUUUGUGCUACUUUGUUGAAUGACAUCCAGUUUUUAAAAAA